AUGUCGCGCAGGACGCGGCAGCUAUGGCGCUGGGUACGGGUAACCGCUGUGCUCGGCGUCAUCUGGUUAGUACUCAGCGUCGCCCACGGCAAUGGCAGCGACAGCAACCCGCUAGCCCCCACCUGGGCUUCCCGCGAUGACAACCCCCUCGACAUGUGCCGCCGAUACGGCUGGAAGCCCUUCCGUCCCAAGGACCCGAGCAAGCCGCGCAAGGUGUACGACCUGAUGAUGUUCAACACCGAGCUCGACCACCUCGAAAUCCGUCUCAACAGCACCUGGGACGAGGUCGAUUAUUUCGUCAUCGUCGAGGGCAGCAAGACCUUCACCAACCACGCCAAACCCCUGACCCUGAAGCGCCACCUCCCUGACUUCAAACCCUACCACUCCAAGAUCAUCUACCACGAGAUCGUAUACCCGCCCAACUUCAAGCCCCGCACCACCUGGGACAUGGAAGACCUGCAGCGCAACAGCAUGCUCACGCAAGUCUUCCCCCACCUCAGCGGCCGGCAGGCCCCCCAGCACGGCGACGUGCUCGUGGUAUCCGACGUGGACGAGGUGCCACGGCCUGAGACGCUGCGGGUGCUGCGGGCGUGCGCGUUCCCGCGGAGGCUGACGCUCUCGUCGCGCUUUUAUUAUUACUCGUUCCAGUGGCUGCACCGCGGGCCCGAGUGGCCGCACCCGCAGGCGACCUUCUACCAGGGGAUGCUCAAGACGCUGCGGCCCAACGACCUGCGCAUCGCCGACGGCGGCAUGUGGCCGUUCCGCGAGAAGGGCUACUCGCUCUCACAGCACGGGAACAGUCAGCAUACGUCGGUUGCUGGGUCUUCCGUAUGGGCGACGACUUGGACGUGGAACGGUCGGUUCGAGGUGGUUAUAAAAACGGGAUGA